AUUGCUUUCCCUCCCAUGGCCUCGAGUAAAGAAAGCAAUUCUCAAGGUUUAGGGGACGUGGGUGGGACACAGGAUUAAAAGCACUAUCCUAGGCCCCCAAGUCUGCUAAUGUACCUCCCAUCUAUCUUCAGAGGAACGGGAAGUGGCCUGAGAGGAGCAAAACUUCUAUUGUGCCAUGAAUGCCUUGAGCAAUCUGGUCAAACUUAGGGACUCCUUGGAAUCAUGUUUCUAAAUGAACUAAAUACAACAUUUGGGGUUACAGAGACACCAACUCUACUGAAAUACAGUUUCAGUGGGGCGGGGGAGGUGGGGGGUCCAAAGCCCUAGGUUAAGAACUCCUACUAGAGUGUAUGGCAUGGAAGCAAGAAUAAGUGAAAAGAAAGCAGAGUGAGGGUGGAGAGAUUAAGAAAUGUGUUCUCACACUCAUACAAGGCCCUAAAUGAGAAGAUGAUCUAGAGCCUGAGCGCAUCCGGGGGAAGACUUUCUUAAGUACAAGGAUAAGCUGUAAGAAGCCUGUAGGAAUCCUCUCCCACCUACGACCCAUCUCAUAUUUCCUUGCAGGGCUCAGAUAAUCAAGAAACAAUGUCGAGUGAUGAUAAAAGUAAAUCAAAUGACCCCAAGACUGAGCCCAAGAACUGCGAUCCCAAGUGUGAACAAAAGUGUGAGUCCAAAUGCCAGCCCAGCUGUUUAAAGAAGCUGCUGCAACGCUGCUCUGAAAAGUGCCCACGGGAAAAGUGUCCAGCACCACCCAAGUGCCCGCCCUGCCCCUCGGCGUCCCCUUCAUCCUGCCCUCCCAAGCCCUGCGCCAAGCCCUGUCCUCCUAAAUGCCCUUCUUCCUGCCCACCUCCCUGCCCUCCCCCAGAGUGAGGCACUGUGGGCAUUACCCAACCCCACUACCACUGCCACCUCCACCAUGUACAACGCUGUGGGGCUGGGGACUGAAGCCAUGAACUGACAAGUAAACGUGUUCCUCUGCUGUGCAAGACUUCUCCUGGUGUUUUGGUGGGUCUCGAUUUGUUUUGUUUGUUGUUUUACAGCACUAAACCACCAACAAGCAAUCCCUGAGAAGUGAGGCUAGAACCCUGCACUCUCAACCACCUCUGAGAACUGACUUUCCCUCUCACCCAACCUGCUGCUUAGAAGCAGGUGCCCACCUCUGAAAGGUGUACCCAGGGAAUGCCAGGCCCUGUUACAGCAAAGCCUGAGAGAUCCAUAAAUAUGGUUGCAGCUGUGAAAGUGUCCAACCCCGGGAAGCAGAAAGGAGAGGGUAUGAGGGAGAAAGAGGAGUAGAACAUUGGUGAAAGGUCCAGGAAGGCUCAGGAAAAGGCAUUGUACUACGUUCCUGUUAGUCCUGUUGCAUAAUGUUUAUGCAGAAGGGCUCCCAGUAGAGGCUGCCUGGGUUUAAUGAAACUCUAUCUCUGCUCCCUAACACCUUGUAACCUUAAGCAAGUUGCUUAACUUCUUUGUGUCUGUUUCCUUCUCUUUGCAAAAGGAAUGAUGAUGCUAACAGUACUGCUGUUAUGGAGUUGUUGUGAGGCUAAAGAAUUAACAAAUGCCAGGCCAGGCGCGGUAGCUCAUGCUUGUAAUCCUAGCACUUUGGGAG